AUGCUAUACACGAAGACUUCGCGUUCUACCCCUUUCCCAAAUCUCCACCAGAGAAGGAAGAAGAAGAAGAAGAAGAAAGGCAACGCCAACAACAAAGCAGUGAUAAAGGCUUGUCUGGGUCUAGCAAAUGUUCUUCUUGUGAUCACAACAUUUGCAGGCGCCUUCACCCUGAACGCCUACUUCAAUAUAACUUGUCCUGAUAGCCUUGCGGCUACUUUAUUACACGCUUCCUCUAUGCUUUUCCUGAGUGCUCCGUUCGGUCUUUUGAUAAUCCAUCUAUUGCUCUUCAGUUUCCCAGAUAAUGCAAAAGUACCUUUUGCCCUUUUCUUUUGCAUUUAUCUCCAGUUUCUGAUAACUGGUCUGGCACUUGCCACUGCAGUUUUAUACCUAUCUCUUGCUUUUUAUUAUUACUCGAACACACGCCUUGUUGGAAUAGGAGGCAUUGCUAUGAUCGGUGUUAUGGUCACUGUGUCGGUCUUCCAUGCAGCGUUCACCACGGUGCACUUAUUACUGUCACUUACUCACCAAAGCAAAGUAUCGCGAAAGAAAGAUGCUGAGAGUCGGCCGCUGGGAUCAGAAGGGAUAUCAGACACAAGUCAGAGGGUCGGGUCAACUGAAGAACCCGUGGAAGAGCAAAAACAGCCAGUUUUCUGUUUCUUGAAUCUUGUCAUAAGGGUCUAUGAAAGCUUUGUUAAGCUGCUGAUGGACUACUUCCUUACCAUGAUUGUCAGUUAUGUGGAGCCCUUGAAGUCCGGGUCUGUCACCUGCGCUUUCAUUGUGCUGAGUGCGGUUCAGUUACACCAAGUUCCCAAGGCAUGCAUCCGGCCAAUGUACGUUCCAAUGGAGGGAAGAGGAGGAAGUCCUCCAGUGUCAGGUUACUUGGCGCCAGGUUCCCCACAUGAUCUGCAACAGGUUGUCAGACUUCUAUAUGUGAAUACAAAGAAUGACGGGAACAUGCGCGAGGUGUUUCAGCGUAUUAUCCUCAAGGUGCAGACCCCCGGGUCGCAACUACCAACAAAGCAUAAGCAGGCAAGCCGCGGUUGCCGGCCGACUUGA